CGGCGCUCUAACAGGUGGCUCGAUGAUUGAGAGCCAGCGUUUACCUCGGAAUGUGACCGAAACCGCUUCGCUCUGGACCCGUUAUUCGAGCUCACUGCGUAGAGUACGAGACAACGCGAGCGAAUCCAGGAUCUGCCGUUGGGCAACUUUUCUUUUUCACCCCUUCAAAACAACACAACGGAGCAGUCACCUGGCGGGAACGUCGUCGUACACGAACGGCGUUUUUUUUACAGAUUUUAUCUUAAUUUAACGUCGCUGCCGCUUAAAUUCUGUUUUGUGUGGGUCGGACCACGAUUCGUGAGACAAAACACGGGCGAAAAUGUCACUCGGGACCCAAUUUGCUGCCACUUUGUUUGUCGUAACAGGAUUUUUGGCCUCGUACGCCCAAGAGUGCGGGAGACCGACGGUGCUGGAGAACAGGAUUGUGGGAGGAAUGGACGCCACCGACGGGGCGUGGCCAUGGCAGGUGUCUGUUCAGAAAGAUGCUGCUCAUGUCUGCGGAGGCUCCAUUAUCACAGAGAACUGGAUCCUAUCAGCAGCUCACUGUUUCCCCAAUCCAUCCGACCUGAGUUCGUAUACAAUCUACGCCGGCUGGUACUACCUGAACAAUUUAAACCCGCACCAGUCGAUACACCGCGUCAGAAACGUGGUGAUCCCGUCCGGAUACGUGGCGCCUACCGAGGGUAAGGACGUGGCCCUGGUGCGUCUUUCCACCCCCCUGACCUGGUCGGACUGGAUCCGUCCCGUGUGCCUGCCGGCCUCUGGCACCCUUUUUCCGGCCGGCAUGCCGUGCUACGUCACAGGCUGGGGGGACAUUCGCAAUGAAGUCCCGUUGCCAGGAGCGGGGCCUCUGCAGGAGGUGCAGGUGCCAAUCAUCUCGCAGGGUUCCUGUCGUGCGAUGUACCAGAUGGAGCAGGUGGACAUCUUGUAUGACAUGAUCUGCGCCGGCUUCCAGGAGGGCGGCAAGGACUCCUGCCAGGGCGACUCAGGAGGGCCUCUCGUCUGCCAGAUGGUGAACGGCACCUGGGUGCAGGCGGGCGUGGUGAGUUUCGGGCAGGGUUGCGCCGAAGCCAACCAACCAGGUGUGUACGCCAGGCUCACCAGCUAUUCCAGUUUCAUCAAAGACAACGUGCCAGAGGUGGGACUGUACGGCCGAGCUCAUCGGCAACGGCCGCAGGGUGCUGCGGCGGUGCUGCUCGGCUGUCUGUGUCCCGUGCUGGUCCUGCUUUGGCUAUAAGCGCUGACAAACCGGCCCAAAUGGAAAAAAACUCAUUUGUAUGACCAGGAAAUAAUAUGCACCAGAAAAUGUAAUAUAAUUAACUUGUAGUAGUUGAAAUUUUUUUUUAUACAUUUGUAUUUUAAAUGGCAAAAGUGAGGUGUCUUGAUUUCGUUUUUUUUUUAAUAAAUGUGAUUCAAUAUUGUAAGCCCUA